AUGGCACCAGGAAACUCAACUUCAUCUCCACAGGACACCAGCACCAUAAAUGGGGAUAUCACUUCAGAGUCUACUGAGGCCAGCACCAUCUCAGCUUUUACAAGCAUGGCACCAGAAGACAUAACUUCAUCCCCAAAGGACAACACCUCAGAGUCCACUGAGGCCAGCCCCACCUACUCUUUUACAAGCAUGGCACCAGAAGACACAACUUCAUCCCCACAGAACAACACCUCAGAGUCCACUGAGGCCAGCCCCACCUACUCUUUUACAAGCAUGGCACCAGAAGACACAACUUCAUCCCCACAGGACAACACCUCAGAGUCCACUGAGGCCAGCCCCACCUACUCUUUUACAAGCAUGGCACCAGAAGACACAACUUCAUCCCCACAGGACAACACGUCAGAGUCCACUGAGGCCAGCCCCACCUACUCUUUUACAAGCAUGGCACCAGAAGACAUAACUUCAUCCCCACAGGACAACACCUCAGAGUCCACUGAGGCCAGCCCCACCUACUCUUUUACAAGCAUGGCACCAGAAGACAUAACUUCAUCCCCACAGGACAACACCUCAGAGUCCACUGAGGCCAGCCCCACCUACUCUUUUACAAGCAUGGCACCAGAAGACACAACUUCAUCCCCACAGGACAACACCUCAGAGUCCACUGAGGCCAGCCCCACCUACUCUUUUACAAGCAUGGCACCAGAAGACACAACUUCAUCCCCACAGGACCCCACCACCAUAAAUGGGGAUAUCACUUCAGAGUCUACUGAGGCCAGCCCCACCUACUCUUUUACAAGCAUGGCACCAGAAGACACAACUUCAUCCCCACAGGACAACACCUCAGAGUCCACUGAGGCCAGCCCCACCUACUCUUUUACAAGCAUGGCACCAGAAGACACAACUUCAUCCCCACAGGACAACACCUCAGAGUCCACUGAGGCCAGCCCCACCUACUCUUUUACAAGCAUGGCACCAGAAGACACAACUUCAUCCCCACACGACAACACCUCAGAGUCCACUGAGGCCAGCCCCACCUACUCUUUUACAAGCAUGGCACCAGAAGACAUAACUUCAUCCCCACAGGACAACACCUCAGAGUCCACUGAGGCCAGCCCCACCUACUCUUUUACAAGCAUGGCACCAGAAGACAUAACUUCAUCCCCACAGGACAACACCUCAGAGUCCACUGAGGCCAGCCCCACCUACUCUUUUACAAGCAUGGCACCAGAAGACACAACUUCAUCCCCACAGGACAACACCUCAGAGUCCACUGAGGCCAGCCCCACCUACUCUUUUACAAGCAUGGCACCAGAAGACACAACUUCAUCCCCACAGGACCCCACCACCAUAAAUGGGGAUAUCACUUCAGAGUCUACUGAGGCCAGCCCCACCUACUCUUUUACAAGCAUGGCACCAGAAGACACAACUUCAUCCCCACAGGACAACACCUCAGAGUCCACUGAGGCCAGCCCCACCUACUCUUUUACAAGCAUGGCACCAGAAGACACAACUUCAUCCCCACAGGACAACACCUCAGAGUCCACUGAGGCCAGCCCCACCUACUCUUUUACAAGCAUGGCACCAGAAGACACAACUUCAUCCCCACAGGACACCACCACCAUAAAUGGGGAUAUCACUUCAGAGUCUACUGAGGCCAGCCCCUCCUACUCUUUUACAAGCAUGGCACCCGCAGACACAACUUCAUCCCCACAGGACACCACCACCAUAAAUGGGGAUAUCACUUCAGAGUCUACUGAGGCCAGCCCCACCUACUCUUUUACAAGCAUGGCACCAGAAGACACAACUUCAUCCCCACAGGACAACACCUCAGAGUCCACUGAGGCCAGCCCCACCUACUCUUUUACAAGCAUGGCACCAGAAGACACAACUUCAUCCCCACAGGACAACACCUCAGAGUCCACUGAGGCCAGCCCCACCUACUCUUUUACAAGCAUGGCACCAGAAGACAUGACUUCAUCCCCACAGGACAACACCUCAGAGUCCACUGAGGCCAGCCCCACCUACUCUUUUACAAGCAUGGCACCAGAAGACACAACUUCAUCCCCACAGGACCCCACCACCAUAAAUGGGGAUAUCACCUCAGAGUUCACUGAGGCCAGCCCCACCUACUCUUUUACAAGCAUGGCACCAGAAGACAUAACUUCAUCCCCACAGGACAACACCUCAAAGUCCACUGAGGCCAGCCCCACCUACUCUUUUACAAGCAUGGCACCAGAAGACAUGACUUCAUCCCCACAGGACAACACCUCAGAGUCCACUGAGGCCAGCCCCACCUACUCUUUUACAAGCAGGGCACCAGAAGACACAACUUCAUCCCCACAGGACCCCACCACCAUAAAUGGGGACAUCACCUCAGAGUCUACUGAGGCUAGCACCAUCUCAGCUUUUACAACUUUCUUCCCAUCUGAUACCAGCACCACAACUGAUAUCUCUACAAGCAGCUAUAUGACUGCAGCCUCACCAUAUAUUAGCACAUCAACAAUUGUCACCAGCACCUCAUCACUGGUCAGUAGCACGAUUUCAGUUAGUACCAACAUGAGCACAGCCUUCACCACCACAUCCUCCGCUUUGACAGUUACCCAGAGCACCUGCAAAACAACCAUAGCAGAAAUAUGUGAAAAUGGAGGAACUUUUGAUGGUCUUAAAUGUUGGUGUCGUGAUAAUUUAUUCUAUGGACCAAGGUGUGAAUUCCCUGUAGAUGGCUUCACUUUUGAAAGGUUAACUGUGCCUGUGAGAGUUCGUGCCCAGCUGAAUGUAACUAACAUGGAGUAUAAACCUAAACUCAGUGACACAAACUCAAAAGAAUAUAAGGACCUGGAAACUCAAUUUAAGAAGCAGAUGGCCAUUCUUUAUGAAAAUGUGUCUGAAUACCGUGGGGUGGAGAUCCAGAGCUUGAGGCCUGGCAGCAUUGUGGUGAACCACAGAAUCAUCAUGGAAAUCACUGUGCCAAACAACAUCAGUAAUGUCAAUACAACUGCCGAGAUCUUGAAAAAGGCAGUGCAGGAGCAACUGGCUUCCGUAAACAGCAACCAGACAGCGUGUGUGAAUCAGAGCCCAGAAUUAUGUUUCUUUGGUUUAUCUAACCCUUUCCUUGGCAUGACUGUAAUUUUUUCACCUGAUGAUUAUUGCAGAAAGGGCAUUGAUCCUAAUUAUGCAGAGCACUAUUACUCCUAUAUAAGAAAAGGCACCCUCUUCUGUGUCUCCAGAUGUACCAAGGGCAUCCCUGACUCCAUGAACUGCAACUACGGAUUGUGUCAGAUCACUGAAAGAGGCCCCAAGUGCACAUGCAGUGAUAUGGACAUGUUUUGGUACACAACUGAUUAUUGCGAGACACGCUUCCAGAAGAGCGAAGUGGGCUUUGGUCUUGCGCUGGCCAUCCUCUUGGUUAUCGGUGUUAUCCUGGCUGUCUUCCUCUUCAGAGCCAAUCAUAGAAGAUCUGGAAGCAGGGAGUCUGAUGAUGCUGACCUCUGGUAUAGGGAGGAUGAGGAGGAAGAGUGGAGGGGGCCCUCAGGGAACCUGGGCAUCAUAAACAGAGCAGCAGACUUCAUGGAUGGACAUGAAGACAGAUACACGGAGUUCAAACCAUCUCUUGACUCUGUAAAUACCACAAUACAGCUGCAAUUCCGGAAGCCAGCAAUAAUGACCCAGUCUUGAUCUCACCCGAGCAUCCAUCUGGGACAGUUCCCUUCAGGAGCUGAGAUGAAUGAACAAACCUAACAUCCUAUGGCUUGUAACUGGAAAUCCACCAACAGGCAGGCGCAUCCAAUGGGUAGUAGUGAUGUUCAUCUUUCCAACCUUCUUAGAGUCUUCUAAGACCUGUUUCUUGAAGAAGAGAGAGACUCUCAACCUAUUAACGAGCAGAACAGCCUGUUUAUUGAAAACUGAUUGGUGCAGGAACCAAUAAAGAGCAUACAUGACUGUUUUUUUUUAAAGAACAUACAUGAACCAUGUUACAUUUCAUACAGGGAGGAAAGCAGCCUCGAGUUGCUUUGUCAAUAUGAUUUAGGCCAGGGCGGCAGAGGGCGGCCAGGUCAGGCCCUGGCCGAGGGCCCCUCCUUAGGGUGGGUGGGUAGCGCUCCCUUCCGCAAUCCGCAGCAGCAUAGACUCCCAACCCUGCUGCAGAUUGCAGAGAGAGGGCGCCCAGGCACCCCCCUACUACUGUGUAGGCCCAUGAUGCCUGCCUGCAUGCCCCACCUACCUCUCCCUUGAAGUAAAUGCUGGUUGUGCUGCGGGCACAAG